GUGAGCUGCCCCCACCGUUAAAUGCGUGCUUGAACCUACACAGACAAGAUGGCGAACGUUGCAGAGAUCGUCUCGGUGGUGGCACUUCUUUGCUGCGCCGCCGCCCACAAACCAAGAUGCCCCGAGGACUAUCGCUACAGAGUGGAAACGUGUGUGAUGGAAGCGCAGGUGGCGCCACAGGCGGGGGGCGGUCUGCCUCUCGUUACUGACACAGAUAAAUUGGAGGAGCUGUGCGAGCGUGGAAUUCUCCAGAAAACUAUCGACUGUCUGCGAGACAUCCACACUCGAUGUGCCGAGAACGCCACCCAACGUCACGAACUGGACAUGCUGUUCAGCCUUGACCAGUGGAAGCAAGGGCAAGAACUGUUGUGCGAGGACCUAAACCGUAAGUUAGUGUUUAAAGACCAUUUUGAAUGUGUGUCUCGGUUUGGACCACGGAUUUCAAGCUGCAUACUGACAAAAACACAAAACUUUCGGAAGGAUAUCACUGAUGUGGGCAGGACACAUAACAAAACACUACAUAACAUCACGUGCAAUUUUGCGGAAGAUAUUGUCUACUGUUUAGAGAGGCCCCUAGCAAGAGCAUGUCCCAUACAGGUUGUGGAAACCAUGGUCAGCGCGCUCCAUAAAUUCCUACCCCCUGCCUGUGCCCCAGUGCCAACAAUUUACAACAGUGAAAACUUAAACGAAGAGGACGAUGAAGAUGAUGACUCUGAAUUCUUGGAGGCUGUUAAUUUUGAUGCUGUUAUUGUGGAGGGAGGGGAUCCAGAGAAUUAAACUUUACUUUCACAGGGGAGAUAACUGUACAUUUAUAUUGAAUAUUCAAAACACAAUGAUGAAAGAAGAGUGAAUGUGAUUGGUUGUUUGAGAGAAUGGUUUGUAAGUAGAAUGUACAAAAUAUUGACCUACAAAUUUUUUUAUGCUCUAUGACUGUUGUCAAACUUUUUGACAUUGGUGUAUUUAUUACAUAUUUAUUUGUUGUUUUCUUAUUCACUAAAUUAGUAAUAUUGGCUUAAAUAAAUAUUUUAAGAUUGUUGACUGAUCACUGAAAAAUAGGUAAAGUAAAGGUUAUUUUUUCAACAAAUAAGUUUAUGUAACAAAAAAAGUUUAAUGAAAUAAAAUUAAUGCUGAGCUAUUUAGUAAAAAUAGUUUAAACAUUUAAAAAUUCUCUUAUCAUAAAGCAUUAUAAGUUAUAAUCUGUUCAGUUGAGAGUAGUGAUUAAUUUCUUGUAAAAUAUUGAUAUUCUAUAUCACAAGUAUUGUCAAUAAAAAUUGUGUUAAAAUACCAA